UAUUGUUUGGUGAUUUGAAUAGCAUUUGAAUCGAUUUUUGUGGAGAAAAUCUAAAGUGGUGGAAAAAAUUUAGUUGCCAAAGUGACAAAGUGUCGAAGAAGGAUCAGAAUUCCAAGAGUGCAAUCAGAAAUUUUAUAUUAAAUGCCGUUGCAACAUUGAGAAAGAAAUAUAUCUUUGAAAAAGAGAAUAAAAAACAGUGAAAAUGGUUCCAAUAUCACUGGUUGUGUUGUUUGUGUGGUUUUCAAAGUUAAUGUUGAUCAAAGCCAGCAGUGAAGUUUUUCAUCAGUGUAUAAAAUCGCCAAAACCAAAUGUAAUCAAAUGUAUUGGCCAGCAAACAAUAUCAUCAUUACACAGUCUUGACAAAAUGGAUAACUUUACUAUUGUCAGUGGCUUGGAAGUGCUACGACCGGAUGAUAGCCGACAGAGAAGUUUAACGGAGUUCUUCGUUGAAGAUCCAACUGAUUUCAGGGGAAUAUUAGAAAAUGCUGGAACAAUGAUUGGGCAACGAUCGUUACAAUGGGAUCUGGGCAUAGUUGAGCCGGGUUUGUGUUUACGUGUCGGUCCCACAUCUGAUGCGAACAGUGUAUUGGAAUUCGUGAUGGAUCCGAAUCAAGAUCGCGGCGAUAGAUAUUCAGUUGACGAACCAUCAACAGCGCGAAUUUUAACGAGGCAAUUCGUUGUUCCAUUUUUGCUUGGCAUCAAAUUCAAUCUGAUGACAAUUUUACCGUUACUUUUCGCCGGAAUCAUAUUGCUGCUGAAGAAAGCGGUGUUUUUGGGGAAAUUUGCAAUGUUCAUCACGGGAGUGCUUGGCUUUGGGAAUUUGCUAUCAAUUGGUCAAUUCAACGGCGUCAAUUAUCAACCGAAUCGACCGUUUGGCUUUGGAAACGGCGGCUUUGGUGGUGGUUUUGGCAGUCAUAAUCACCAUAGCAGCUUUGGACCACUCAGUGAUACACAUGGAAGUGGGGGAUUGAGUGGAGGUUAUUAUAAGUCAGGCGCACCAAUCUCCUUCAAUGAAUUCGUUACAACCGAAAAGGAUCCACCAUUUGCUGAUCAAUUCUAUAACUUCGAAAAGAAGAUGCUGUCCAAUAAGUCCGAUAAGUCAUUCGAUAAGGACACAAAGUUACCAAUUGCUGAACAAUCCGGUCGAUCCAACACACAACGAAACUUUGUAUGGCAAUCCCGUUGAAUCAUGCACCAAACAAAUCGUUCACAUUUAUUGAUCGAUAUUCAUAGCAUUUAAGGCAAAAGUGAUAUGCACUGAUGGGUGCACGCAGAAGAAAAAACCAACAAACAAAACAUGUGAAUUCAUCAGUUUUUGACGAACGGAUUUAUAAGCUUAAGAACAGAAAGAAAGAAAUAUCUUUGGCACGCAAAGCCUAAUAUUAAAUUAUUUGUUAGCAAAUAGAAACGUGUAACUUGGUAUCUCACACAGAUUUUCAGCCUGAAAUGAGUUUCCAAUUGUUGUUUAAAUAAU